AUGCCGUAUAAGAAAGUAGGUCCACCACCAAAGAACUUACCACCAUUACCAAGAUUAAAAGUUCGUAGACCAAUAUUAGGUAAACAAACAAAUCAAUGUUUUGUAUAUAUGUCAAGUUUAUUAAAUUGUUGGGCAUCAAAUGGUGAAGGUAAUUCUUUAUGUUUUGAAUUUGAAAAUAAUUUAAAAAAAUGUAUGGAAACUUUUAAACCUGAAAAAGAAAAUAUAAGUACUAUAAAUUAUCAUGCUUCAAGACUAUAUCCAAAAUUAAGAGGGAAAAAUUGA